AUGGUAGACAAAUACCUCUCCAGGAUAGAGAAUUAUCACAGUAUUCAGGGCCUUAAGAAACAAUCAGAGUGGGAGAUAGGCAGACAGGCAACUUCUAUCUGUUUGGCAGGGAGUACACUGUAUUCAGGCACUCGGGAUGGAGAUGUAUUUGUGUAUGAAGGGUCUAACUACAUCGAGAGAUUCUUUGUUGCGCCAUCCCGGAUAGUCAGCAUGGCAAGCACACCCCACGGAACAGACAAAAAAGGCAUAGUUAUUCUGCAUGAAGAUGGAACUAUUUCGCACGUGCAUGAAAGACAAGGGCAUGCAGGCAAGAUAGAUGGGUUCAUCAAUGGAGUUAUACACACAGAUAGGUCAUGGGUGGUCUCUAGCACAGACACGGGAGUAUGUGUUUUUGACUAUAAUAAACAGUCUCCUCAGUACGGGUGUGCAAAAAAGCAGAAAAUGCAAAUAUCAAGGACACAAGCCGUAGAGACAGAAAAAAAAGUAUUUGCAGUGCACCCAGAUGGAAACUGUGUGCUUAUGUGCGAUGGAACGGCUAGGCUAUUCGAUUUAAGAAGCAUGCGCGAAGAGAUGGAGAUAAGCAAUAUUAAGAAUAUAAAGGCAGCACUAUUUCACACCUCCCGGAUAGAAAUGAUUGUGUCUGAGGAGCGCACGAUUAAAACAAUUGACAUAAGAAAUGUUCGCAUGAUAAGAAAGAUAAAAACCAAGAAAACUGCUGCCUGCCUGCAUGAGUAUAAGGAUGGUCUUUUCUUCUCUGGCAUAGAUAUGUUUACGCGGGGCGUCUGUCCUGUUACAGGAAAGUCUCUCUUUGUUUUGGAGGCCUCUGCUCGGCUUAUUGCAUCAGAUGAAAAUCUGGCUCUUCUAAGUCCAGAAAAAGUGGUUACUAUUUAUGGUGAAGGCAUAAAAGACAGAACAAAGAAUGACCAUCAAGCUGAAUCAUAA